AUGACUUCGCUGCAACGGCAGUUGGAAGCAUUACGGACUCCGGCUACCAGCCGACUUGGGACCGAACGCUUCAUUGGAUCGUUGCUAUUCGAUCGGAAACAAGCCGCAUCGCUUUACAAAGAAGAAGCGCAUAAAAUUGGUAUUUCUUUCGUCGUUGUUUCAAUCUUCAGUUCUCAACUCCGCGAUGCUUAUACUGUGAUUUAUAUUGCAUGA